AUGAAAAAGGCACCAAUGAAAAGCCGCAAGGAAAGGAGAAAGUCCAGGAAAGAAAGUCGUAGCAUCCACCUCUACAGAGUGAUGAAGCAGAUUCACCCUGAAACUGGCAUCUCCUCUAAGGCCAUGAGCGUCAGGAGCUCUAUCACGUAUGAUAUUUUCCAGGGAGGCUUUCUGCUUGGCCCAUUGCAACAAGCGCAGCAUCUUCAGUUCCUGGGAGAUCUAGAGUGCCAUGUGCCUGCUGCUGCCAAGCACACUGAGUCGGCGGGGAUAAAGGCAGUGACCAAGUCCCCCAGAUCCAAGUGA